AUGGUAGACAGGGAUCCAGGUUCACCUACCUGGAAGUUCACACAGUGCUUCGGUGACAAAGGAGAUGUAGAGGAUAUCACAGAAGCGGAUAUCAUUUCAACCGUCGAGUUCGACCAUACCGGGAACUAUCUAGCUACGGGAGACAAGGGCGGGAGAGUAGUGCUGUUCGAGCGAAAUGAGACGAAAAAAACCUGCGAGUACAAGUUCCACACCGAGUUCCAGUCGCACGAGCCGGAGUUUGAUUAUCUGAAGUCCCUAGAGAUCGAAGAGAAGAUCAACAAAAUAAAAUGGUGUAGACGGCAGAAUGCAUCUCAUUUUCUUCUUUCGACAAAUGAUAAAACGAUAAAGCUGUGGAAGGUGUUUGACAAGUCGCUCAAGGUCGUUGCGGAAAACAAUCUCUCGAGUGAGCUUACGCCGGCAGGUGUGGGUGGCGGAGGGGCACCCCGUGCGCCCCGUCUAUCGUUCAAGGACCCUUCCUUGUUGAAACUUCCUCGAAUGACGCACCAUGAUACCGUGGUGGCUGCCGUCCCUCGAAGGACAUAUGCCAAUGCGCACGCAUACCACAUCAACAGUAUAUCCGUCAACAGCGACGGGGAAACGUUCAUAAGUAGCGAUGAUCUACGGGUGAACCUGUGGAACCUUAAUAUCCAAGACCAAAGCUUCAACAUUGUCGAUAUCAAACCCGCGAACAUGGAAGAACUGACAGAAGUAAUCACCGCCGCCGAAUUCCACCCAACCAGUUGCAACUGGUUCAUGUAUGCCAGCUCCAAAGGCACAAUUAAGCUUGCCGAUAUGCGACAGCGGGCCUUGUGCGACGAGCACCAGAAACUCUUCGAGCAAGAAGAAGAUGCCUCCUCUCGUUCAUUUUUCUCCGAAAUCAUUUCCUCCAUCUCCGACGUACGAUUCUCGCACGACGGCCGCUAUAUCGUAUCCAGAGACUACCUGACGGUCAAAAUAUGGGAUGUCAAUAUGGAACGGCAACCGGUAAAGACUAUUCCUAUCCACGAACAUUUGCGACCUCGCCUGUGCGACACAUACGAGAACGAUAGUAUCUUUGAUAAGUUUGAAGUAGUUUUCUCGGGCGAUGCAGAGAAUGUCAUGACUGGCAGUUAUAAUAACAACUUUAUGAUCUACCCCACCGACUCGAGCAAGGAGACGGAAAUAGUGUUACAGGCAGACAAGUCGGCCUUCAAAGCAAAGAAGGUCGGCGUUCCAACACCGAUGAACAAGGGCGCCAAUGGAAAGAAGAACGGGUCUAGAGCCGGUAGCCCUGCGGGCCCUGGCAGCCGGAUGAAAAAGGAGACUGAUGCGGAUCAGAUCGACUUCAACAAGAAGAUCCUGCAUAUGAGCUGGCACCCUUACGAAGAUAGUAUUGCCAUUGCUGCCACUAACAACGUGAGCUUAUCCUCCCCUCGUCCAUAA